AAAUUCAAGAUCAAACCUGCACCGGCAGGUUUGGUGUCUGGUGAGGGCUGCUCUCUGCUUUCAAAAUGGAGCCUUGAAGGCUGUGUCUUUCCGGGAGGAAUGCAAGGUCCUCACACAGCAGAAGGUGGAAGGGCAAAAGGGAUCAAAUUCCUUCUGCCCAGACCUUUUAUAACAGCAUUAAUCGUUCAAGAGGGCAGAGCCCUCAUGACCUAAACACCUCUCCAAAGGUUCUACCUUCCAACACUUGCACUGGGGAAUAAGUUGACAACACAUGAAUUUUGGAAGAUACAUUCAGGCCAUAGCACAUUUCCAAUUUGUAAGACUGGGCUUCUGUAUUAGCACCACUAGAGGCAAAAUUUUACUCAAGAUUCUUUGAUCUGUGCUAUACCAAGCUAGGAACUUUGGAGCCAGAAUCUCGGAACAUCUCAAAGCUCAAGUUUUUAAAAACAUCAGAAUAUGUUUGCACCCUCCAGGUUGCACAAAGCCUCACCAUUCCAUAUUCUUUCACUCCAAACUCCGUUAGACGUUCCUUGCCUGGCCUUCAAAAGUUUGCCACGCCAGAUUUUAUUCAAGUUCCUCAUUUUACAGUUGAGAAGAACAAACUGCAGGGAGAGGAUGCAGCGUGCCCGGGGAAGCAGCUCUUGGUCCUGCUCUCAUUACACUACUGUCCUAUGUAAGACACAUACUUUCUACCAUAACCCAAAUCAACGUUCCUUACCAAAGAGACAUGGAGAAUCUGCGAUUCCCCUCGCUCUCUAUAAAAAGGCUUGGUCAGGCAUAGCAACACCUUCUUGUCUGUAAGUAGAAAGUUCACCCAAAUCCAACCCCCGGUCCGGACCACCUCCAACUAGUCACAGCAGAGAAGCCGGAGACAGAGCUCAGACCAGGAACCUCUUCCCGCAGCUCACGUUUCCCCCCGGGCCUCCAGAGGAACAGACCGGAAGUGGCGCGCGGCCGAGGGCGGGCGAACCGCCUAUCUCGCCGUCGCGUAGGCCGGAAGAGAGAAGUGCGACUCUUAGAAGCGUCCUCCGCAGUUCCUGCUGCCGGGCGGUUGCCGUCGCGUACGCGGGGGCGGUGUCCGGAGGCGGUCGCGGUGCUCGGGCGCGCGGGGAGAUGCCGGGCGGAGGCCGCUGCCCCGACUGCGGCUCCACCGAGCUCGUGGAAGACUCGCACUAUGCGCAGAGCCAGCUGGUGUGCUCCGAGUGCGGCUGCGUGGUCAGCGAGGGGGUCCUGACCACCACCUUCAGCGACGAGGGCAACCUCCGAGCAGUAACAUAUUCCCAAAGCACAGGGGAAAAUGAACAAGUUAGUCGCAGCAAGCAACGAGGUCUCCGCCGAGUGAGAGACCUUUGUCGAGUUCUGCAGUUGCCACCAACAUUUGAGGACACAGCAGUUGCCUACUACCAACAGGCAUACCAGCACUCUGGCAUCCGAGCUGCCCGGCUGCAAAAAAAGGAGGUGUUGGUUGGGUGCUGUGUUUUAAUCACCUGCCGGCAGCAUAACUGGCCCCUAACCAUGGGAACCAUCUGCACCCUGUUGUAUGCAGAUUUGGAUGUGUUUUCUGGCACCUACAUGCAGAUAGUGAAGCUCCUGGGGCUGGAUGUGCCAUCUCUCUGCUUGGCAGAACUGGUGAAGACCUAUUGUAGCAGCUUCAAACUGUUCCAGGCUUCCCCCUCUGUGCUGGCCAAAUACGUGGAAGACAAAGAGAAGAUGCUGUCACGAACAUUGCAGUUGGUGGAGCUGGCAAAUGAGACGUGGCUGGUGACGGGGCGGCAUCCCUUGCCUGUCAUCACUGCUGCUGCUUUCCUGGCUUGGCAGUCACUGCAGCCUUCAGAUCGGCUGACAUGUUCCCUUGCCCGAUUUUGUAAAUUGGCAAACGUGGACCUGCCCUGCCCCGCUGCCUCCCGCCUGCAGGAGCUGCUGGCUGUGCUGCUGCGGAUGGCUGAGCAGCUGGCUUGGUUGCAGGUUCUGAAACUUGACAAACGGUCUGUGGUGAAGCACAUUGGUGACCUUCUUCAGCACCGCCACAUGCUGGUCCGCAAGGCCUUUCGGGACGGAAAAGUAGAAAUGGAGACCCAAGGGAAGGAGGGGCAGGGGCAAGGACAGGGAGAAGAGGAGGCAGGGAAUUGUUCCUUAGAUUUGCCCGAGAAAAAGCGACCAGCCAGUCCUGCCCUUCUCCUCCCACCCUGCAUGUUGAAGCCCCCAAAGCGGAUCCAUCCCACACCUCCUGUCUCCUUGGUCACCGGAGACGAGGACAUUUCUGAUAGUGAAAUAGAGCAGUAUUUGCGCACUCCUCAGGAAAUUAGGGAUUUUCAGAGAGCCCAAGCUGCUAGACAGGCUGCCACAAGUGUCCCUAACCCUCCUUGAUGGACAUCCAUUGGGGGCACAUAACCUUAUUUGGACAGCAGCUAGGAAGUAAGUGUGGACGAGUCCUUAUGUGUUAUCUUGUUUGAAGGAACCAAGGGGAGCUCUGUCUUAGCUGGACCCUAGGUCCUGGGGUGGAUGUCAGGAGUGCAGGGAUCACUGUGGGUAGGAGAGGGUCCCAUCCCUUGGUGCCAGAGAGCAAGUUGCAUGUAUUCAUGUUCUUUCGGGUAGCUCUCCUCUUAGACUGUUGGGAAAAUAUCAGGCUCCCCCCUUGCUCCUAGUUUGAAUGGGACACACUGCUGCUGAUGCUUCUUUAGGUCUGACGGGGCUUCCCUGCUGCUUGUGGAGCAGUUGGCUUCCCAGUCAACCCUCAGAGGAGCAGGAACUGGGGAAUUCUUGGCCCUGUGUCCAUUUACAGGCGGUAGAUUUGUGUGCAUGGUGUCAUGAAAUCCUCUAUCAUAGCAACAAAAAGACCGUGGGUGGACUAAGGCUAAAGCCCAAAGGGGUUUGCAAAUUUUUAAUAUAUUAAAACAAGAGGCAUCUGCUAGAAAACAUUCUAUUGUAUAAAACUUGAGCUUUUAAAAACA